CUUCCAUCCCGGAGCGCGGUCUGGGUUGAAAUUGCCGGGGUGGGAGGGGAGCCUGCGAGCGGGAUCCCGAGCCUCUGAACGCGCUGGCCACCGCUCCGCCGCCGAUGACUCGGGAGCUCGGGUCCAAGCGCCGCCCAUGCAGCAUCACUGCGCUCCACCGACCCAGAGUUGAUGAAAAAACACUUACCCGUCUUCGCAGCGGGGAGCCAUGAGCUGUCUGGAUGUUAUGUACCAAGUCUACGGUCCUCCCCAGCCUUACUUUGCAGCCGCCUACACCCCCUACCACCAGAAACUAGCCUAUUACUCCAAAAUGCAGGAAGCCCAAGAGUGCACCGCCAGCCCCAGCAACAGCACGGGCAGUGGCAGCUCCUCCUUUUCCAGCCAAACUCCAGCCAGUAUCAAAGAGGAAGAAGGCAGCCCAGAGAAAGAGCGCCCACCUGAGGCCGAGUACAUCAACUCCCGCUGCGUCCUCUUCACCUAUUUCCAGGGGGACAUCAGCUCUGUGGUGGACGAGCACUUCAGUAGGGCCCUGAGCCAGCCUAGCAGCUAUUCCCCGAGCUGUACAAGCAGCAAAGCACCCAGGAGCUCCGGGCCCUGGCGGGACGGCUCCUUCCCGAUGAGCCAGCGCAGCUUCCCCGCCUCCUUCUGGAACAGCGCGUACCAGGCACCGGUGCCCGCGCCGCUGGGCAGCCCGCUGGCCGCCGCGCACUCGGAGCUGCCCUUCGCCGCCGCAGACCCCUACUCACCGGCCGCGCUGCACAGUCAUCUGCACCAGGGUGCGGCCGAGCCCUGGCACCACGCGCAUCCACACCACGCGCACCCGCACCCGCACCACCCGUACGCGCUGGGCAGCGCUCUCGGCGCCCAGGCUGCCGCCUACCCGCGGCCCGCCGCGGUGCACGAGGUCUACGCGCCUCACUUCGACCCGCGCUACGGGCCGCUGCUGAUGCCCGCAGCCUCAGGGCGCCCGGCCCGCCUCGCGCCCGCCCCGGCGCCGGCGCCCGGCAGCCCGCCCUGCGAGCUCUCCGCCAAGGGCGAGCCGACCGGCGCCGCGUGGGCCGCGCCCGGAGGACCUUUCGCCAGCCCCGCGGGGGACGUGGCCCAGGGUCUGGGACUCAGCGUGGACUCAGGUAAGCGGGAAAGGGAGCUUGGUCUCCCCGGACCCCUCCUGCCCUGUGUCCGACCCUGGGCUGAGCCCCGGAUCCCCCUUAGUUCUCCUUGGAGACCCCAGUGACAUUUCGGCCCAAAGGUCUGCAUGUCAGGGUUGCGCUUCAGCAGGCAGAUGACCCACUGUCGUCGGUGUGGGCAGAAAGAGAAAGAAAGACACUGCCCUAACCUGGCUAGUAGAUACAAUAGAUGAUUUUUUUUCCCCCAAAUUUAAAUAAGCAAGCAAGCAAACAAACAAACAGUUAAAACGGUUCUAGCUCUGCGCUGUUCAAUUCUGUAAGCGCUAGCCACACGAACCUGCUGAGCACUUCAAAUGUGGCUAGGAAGAAUUGGGAUGUGCUGUACACGCAUAAUACACACUGAAUUUCAAAACUGUACAAGGAAAAAAUGUACAAUUCAUCUCACUAAUAUUUAUGUUGACUGCAUGUUGGAAUACUUUCGACACAUUGCAUAUUAACAUAUUGGGUUAAAUAAAAUAUAUUACUAAGAUGAAUUCUCACCUGGUUCUUUUUACUUUUUUUCCAAUGUGGCUGCUAGAAAUUUUAGAAUUAUGCCUGCGGCUCCCAUUGUGGUUUUAUUGGACAGCGCUGAUCUAGAGUACCUAGAGCUAGAAGUGUAGUUCAAAAUCUUUUCCAGCUUGGGGGGUGGAAAGGUAUUGUGUCCUAGUGACAAUUUUAAGGAAAGAAAAAUGUGCUUCUGAUAUCAAACUAAUUACCAAGUUAAAUGGGUCUCUUAAAAUGUAAAAAUUAAAGAGAACGUGGUUUCAGUGACUAUACUGAGUUUCUGGCUUAACGAGUUGAAAUUGAAAAGUACAUUCUUCUGCUUCCUUUAUUUUUAGGGCAUAACCAAAAAAUGGUUUAUACUAUAAACAUAAUCAUUGGCUUGUAGUCUUGCCCACGCGCCCUUUCUUCAGGUGAAGAUUUGACAUUUCUGUUGGCUUGGCUUUUACUUUCAUUCAUGCCCUUUAAGUGAAUUCUGUGACAUUCACAAUAAAACAGUGGUGUUUGUCUUUCUCUUUCCUUAAAUACCUGUGCCUUCCUGCCCCCAACCCCUUCUCCGUCCCUCUCUAUUUCUCCUCUCCCUCUUUCUCUCUCUUUCUUUUGUUUUCUCUCUGUUUUCAGGUUUCCAGCGUCAGGACAAAAGCAAGGAUCUGCACUGGUUUUAGACUGCCCACCUUGUUCCCUGUAGGUCUCUGCCUAGUGCCAAUUGCUGAUGCUCAGAGCUGAAAUCGAGUGGGUUUGUAAUGGCUUCUGAUCUUGGUUUGCAGCUCGUCGUUAUUCCCUCUGUGGCACAUCCCUCCUGAGCUGAUCUGAUGGCCCCGGGUUUCCCCUUC